UCCCGCCGCCGCCGGCCGCUCGCCGACCCGCAGCCGCUCUCGGGCUCCGGCUGGGUCUCGCGCGCUCGGGCACUGCUGGGUCUCUUCGUGAGAGGCCUCGCGCCGUUCGGCGCACGCCGUACCCCUGCCUCGAGGCGCGGGGUCUCGUGGGCCCCGCUCCCGCCCUCCGCUCGCCUGGCCCGGACCGGAAGCGGCGCCGCACGGCCUGGGCCUGGCGCGGGGGGCGGGCACCGGGGCCCGGUCGGACAUGGGCAAGAAGCACAAGAAGCACAAGUCGGACAAACACCUCUACGAGGAGUAUGUAGAGAAGCCCUUGAAGCUGGUCCUCAAAGUGGGAGGGAACGAAGUCACCGAGCUCUCCACGGGCAGCUCCGGGCACGACUCCAGCCUCUUAGAAGACAAAAACGAUCAUGACAAACACAAGGACCGAAAGCGGAAAAAGAGAAAGAAAGGAGAGAAGCAGGUUCCAGGGGAAGAAAAGGGGAGAAAACGGAGACGAAUAAAGGAAGAUAAAAAGAAGCGAGAUCGGGACUACGUGGACAAUGAGGCAGAAAAAGACCUCCAGUGUCAGGCCCCUGUAGGAUUAGACUUGCCUCCUGAGAAGCCUCUUGCAAGCUCUUUAGCCAAACAAGAAGAAGUAGAACAGACACCCCUUCAAGAAGCUUUGAAUCAACUGAUGAGACAACUGCAGAGGAAAGACCCAAGUGCUUUCUUUUCAUUUCCUGUGACUGAUUUUAUUGCUCCCGGCUACUCCAUGAUCAUUAAACACCCAAUGGAUUUUAGUACCAUGAAAGAAAAGAUCAAGAACAAUGAUUACCAGUCUAUAGAAGAACUAAAGUGGUUAAGAAUCCGCCUGCCAGUUCAGGAGACACGGGUUCAAGCCCUGGUCCGGGAAGAUCCCACGUGCCGCAGAGCAACUAAGCCCGAUAACUUCAAACUAAUGUGUACUAAUGCUAUGAUUUACAACAAACCAGAGACCAUUUAUUAUAAAGCUGCAAAGAAGCUAUUGCACUCAGGGAUGAAAAUUCUUAGCCAGGAGAGAAUUCAGAGCCUGAAGCAGAGCAUAGACUUCAUGGCAGACUUGCAAAAAAGUCGAAAGCAGAAAGAUAGAACAGACACCUCGCAGAGUGGGGAGGACAGCGGCUGCUGGCCAAGAGAGAGGGAAGACUCUGGAGACACUGAGGCACAAGGCUUCAAGAGUCCCAAUAAGGAAAAUAAAAAGAAAGACAAAGAUGUACUUGAAGAUAAAUUUAAAAGCAGUAAUUUAGAAAGAGAGCAGGAGCAGAUUGACCGCAUUGUUAAGGAAUCUGGAGGAAAGCUGACCAGGCGGCUUGUUAAUAGUCAGUGUGAAUUUGAAAGGAGAAAACCAGAUGGAACAACAACAUUGGGACUUCUCCAUCCGGUGGAUCCUGUUGUAGGAGAACCAGGCUACUGCCCUGUGAGACUGGGAAUGACAACUGGAAGACUUCAGUCUGGAGUGAAUACUUUGCAGGGGUUCAAAGAAGAUAAAAGGAACAAGGUAACUCCAGUGUUAUACUUGAAUUAUGGACCCUACAGUUCUUAUGCACCACAUUAUGACUCCACAUUUGCAAAUAUCAGCAAGGACGAUUCUGAUCUAAUCUAUUCAACCUAUGGGGAAGACUCUGACCUCCCGAGUGAUUUCAGCAUCCAUGAGUUUUUGGCCACAUGCCAAGAUUAUCCAUAUGUUAUGGCAGAUAGUUUACUGGAUGUUUUAACAAAAGGAGGACAUUCUAGAACCCUGCAGGAGGCGGAGAUGUCAUUUCCUGAAGAUGAAGGCCAAACUAGGACAAUUGACACAGCAAAAGAAAUGGAGCAGAUUACAGAAAUCGAACCAACAGGGCAUUUAGACUCCAAUAAUCAAGACAGGCUUACAGCACUGAAAGCAGUAACAAACUUUGGAGCUCCAGUUGAAGUUUUUGACUCGGAAGAAGCUGAAGUGUUCCAGAGGAAACUUGAUGAGACCACCAAACUGCUCAGAGAGCUCCAGGAAGCCCAGAAUGAGCGUUUGAGUACCAGACCCCCUCCCAACAUGAUCUGUCUCUUGGGUCCCUCAUGCAGAGAAAUGCAUCUUGCUGAACAAGUGACCAAUAACCUUAAAGAACUUGCACAGCAAGUAACUCCAGGUGAUAUUGUAAGCAUGUAUGGAGUCCGAAAAGCAAUGGGGAUUUCCAUCCCCUCCCCGGUGGUUGAAAACAACUUUGUAGAUUUAACAGAAGAUUUUGAAGAACCUAAAAAGACUGAUGUUACUGAGUGUGGACCUGAUGGGAUUUGAAGCUAACUGGUAUUUGAUUAUAUAUUAUGUAUAUAUUUUUUUCAUUCUUAACUUGGAAAUGCUUUUUCAGAAGAUAUUAAAUAUUUGUAAAUUGUGUUUUUAAUUAAACUUUGGAACAAUUAAUUUUAAUGUUCCAGAGAUUGGACUUGUGUUAGGUAAUAAAGCUGAACCUGGGACUGUGA